AUGGUUCAACUUUCCACAUCGCGAUGGGCUUCAGCUCUGGCCCUGCUGUGCGUGGGCCUGGCAAAUGCUCACACUGUCAUCACAUACCCCGGAUACCGAGGAAACAACCUUCACACCAAUGGUACUAUUGCUGAGGCCGACGGGUUGGGUGUUGCGUACGAAAACGGCUCAUACAUCUACCCCUAUGGCAUGGAGUGGAUCUAUCCUUGUGGUGGUAUGCCCCGAUCAACCAACCGUACCAAGUGGCCCGUACUGGGAGGUGCAGUUGCCGUUCAACCUGGCUGGUUCCCUGGCCACGAGACUGCCUUGAUCUAUGUCAACCUUGGAUUUGGCACCAUCCCUGAGAACAUGAGCCACCCUGUCGUUUCUCCUUUCCAGAUUACCGGCCCAACCAACAACCCUUACCCGGGUACCUUCUGUCUGCCACAGGUCCCCUUACCUGCGAACAUUAGUGUCAAGGCUGGUGAUAAUGCCACUAUCCAGGUUGUUGAGGUCGCAAAGCAUGGUGCUGCGCUAUUCAACUGUGUGGAUAUUACCUUCGCCGAUGUCCACGAUGCCGAGAUUGAAGAAGUCACUCGUGACAACUGCUUCAACUCCUCCGACAUUUCAUUCCAAUAUAUGUACACAACAGGUGGAAUCAAUGCGGCGCCAAGUCUGAAGCCUCAAACCUUGCUUGCCCUUGCACCGCUCCUGUUGGCAGGCAUCUUCAGCUUGGUGUAG